AUAUACAAUGGCAUUACCACAUUUCGAUAUCAGCCUUCAGUAAUUUGUGGCUGAUAAUUAUGGAUAUAAAUUCACUGGAUAUAUUAGUUUCCAACACGACCGAAACAGGCACUACAACAAAUGGAACCAUACUGGAACCAAGACCUGUUAUCACACCAACGAUGAGAUUAAUACUGUCAGCAAUUACAACCAUACCUGUUCUCGUUAACAUCUUUUAUGUUGUCGUCUGCUUUACAACACUCAAAAAGAAAUUUCACAAUCUGUUGGUACUGAUGUUAUGUGUGGGUGACAGUAUCCUUUCAACAUCGCUGACAAUGUAUUCAUUAACAAAGAUGAUUGACUUGGUGAAGACUAACAUUAUCUGGUGUAUUGUCCAAACAUUUGGAGUUUGUUAUGGCCUGGUGUUUACAUAUACAAUUGUAUUUUGGAUAUGCUGUGAACGAUAUGUUGUAGUAAAGAAUUACAAUUUUGGAGCACAACGUUUCUUCGAAAGAUUUAAAUUGGUUAUCAUUGGUGGAUCCAUCGCGUUAGGGUUUUUAUUCACCAUUGAACUGGUUACGCUGGUUCCUAAGGCACAAACAAUCGAAUCUUGUACCGUACCAAAUUUAUACGGAAACCAUCUGAACUUUUUUAUUCAGUUCAUAGCUGGAGUAUUAACUUCAUUUAUGGCAGGAAUCCUUUUUCUAACCAUUAGAACAAGUAUGCUUAUUUGGAAAUAUUUUUUCAAACCAACAAAAACCGCUGUAAAUCAAAACGGUCAAGAAAGUAUUGAAAUGACGAUUACGGAAGAUGAUACGCCUUGUGAGUGUAAAAACUGUAGAAUUGAAAACAAUUACGUUUCAACUUCGGAAAACAAAGAGUGGACCACUGUAGGAUUGACGAGUAACGAAAUGUCCGAAGAGAUAACUAAAUCGUUUGAAAUGUCGAAUCGAAUCAGCGAGAUUGUAAAACAGUUGAGAAAAGAUCGUGAAGUAGAAAACGGUCAGCUCUUAAUCACACCAAAAAGUUUAGUACAGAAAACUCUGCGAAAGAUAAAGCCAAGUACAUGGGAGAAAAGGGCAUUUAUAACAACGAUCAUUAUAGCAGUAACCACGAUAUUUCUGACAGGUCCAUUCAUAUUUUCGUUUUGGUUAGACUUCUUCUAUGGAACGAGAUUUACAUCGCAGAAAACAAGACUACUUUUAUUUGUACCCUUAGUGUUGAACAGUAUAAUAAACCCUUUCAUCUAUGCUUGGCGUAUUCCAGAAAUUAAACAAAGAAUUAAGAAAAUAUUUACAUGUUGUAAACGAUAAAACUAAUAUUUUUUUUAUUGUUUUGAAAUGAACAAUGAUGUUAAACUAUUUAUUGCGUUCAGAAUUUGUUUAUAUGUUUGGUAAGGUAUAUCUCGUUAUUUAA